CAAAAGUAUGAAAUGUGAUGCAUGUUUUUUAGUAUCGUUUAGAUACAAAAUGACAGCGUUACAAGUGUUGCUGCUUUGCUUCAUCGCGGGGUCUCAAGCAUUGCUCGAUACAAGAGCCUUUCCCCCCGAUUUUAUGUUAGGCGUGGCAACGUCGGCAUACCAAAUCGAAGGGGCAUGGAAUGAAGACGGCAAAGGGGAAAACGUUUUUGAUUUUUUCUACCACACUCAAGGCAAUGAGACCGGAGAUGUGGCUUGCGAUUCCUAUCACAAAUGGGAAGAAGAUAUACAGAAUGUCGUAGAUCUUGGUGCACAGUUUUACAGGUUUUCAAUAUCGUGGACUAGGAUACUUCCCGAUGGGACUUUAGGAAAUAUCAAUCAGAAAGGGAUCGACUAUUACAUGAACAUAAUAAAGGCCCUCAAAUCGAACAACAUAGAACCGGUGGUCACAAUUUUCCAUUACGACGAACCAUUGCACAUAAGCAAACUCGGAGGUUUCCUUAACGACGCUAUAGUUGAUUAUUUCGGCGACUUCGCUAGACUGCUGUAUAGUACUUUCGGUCAGUACGUCAAGUACUGGCUUACCAUCAACGAACCCUCGAUAAUAUGCCUAUACGGAUACGGUUCGGAAGGGUUUGCUCCCGCAUUGGGUGUAAUCGGCGAUGGCAUAUAUCGGUGCAGCUACACACUGCUGAAAGCUCACGCUCGAGCGUACCACAUCUACGACGAGGAGUUUAGAGCCACCCAAAAUGGGAAGGUUAGCAUCGCCAUGGAAGGUCCCUGGUACGACCCCAGUGAUCCGUCCAGCGCAUUUGAUCAGGAAGCGAGUGAACGAGCUCUUCAAUUCAGGGAAGGAUGGUUCGCGAAUCCCAUUUUCGUCGGGGACUGGCACCAAAUACUUAAAGACAGAAUCGGCAACAGGAGCCAACAGGAAGGUCUAGCUAGGUCCCGUCUGCCUAGCUUUACGGAGGAUGAGAUCGCCUACGUCAAAGGGACAUCUGAUUACUACUCCUUCAACGUAUAUGGCACGGUGAACACCACGUGGAUACCGGAUGAAGAAAUUGGUGAGGCGAGCUACUACAGCGACCUCGGGGUCAAUGUCACUGACGUUUUCGACGAUCCCGCUGGUAUUCGAAAAUUCCUCAAUUGGAUCAACGAUCGUUACAAUCCCGGUGAAAUAAUGAUUACGGAAAACGGCAAGGAGAACGGAGGUGGACUUGAAGAUGACGACAGGAUCCAAUAUAUCCAGGGUUACCUGUCGAGCAUAUUGGACGCCAUCUACGAAGACUAUGUAAACGUCAUAGGGUACAGCGCUUGGAGUUUAAUGGACAAUUUCGAGUGGGGAACUUAUUCGAGGAAGUUCGGCUUAAUUCAGGUGGACUUUGGCAGUCCAAACAGGACGCGAACGUGGAAAAAGGCUGCCUAUUGGUACAAAAAUGUUACGGCAAGUAGACAGCUAUAACUUCAAAAAAGAAAAAAGAAACAGUUCAGAAAAUAAACAUUUUGUUGA